ACGCGCACCUAUCUGCAAGAGGGACACCGAGGGACACUUUGGUGACGCACGAUAAACGGGUGGCGAAAAUUUUCUAUGCCAAAGUUUCAUAUUGUUCUAACGGUGUAUCUGAAGCAGAAUUGGCAUUAAAUUUUCCCACUAUGGGUGACUCGGACGACGAAUACGAUAGAAAGAGGCGAGACAAGUUUAGAGGAGAGAGAACGGAGUCCUAUUCAAGAGAAGGCCGUAGGGAUGAUAGGAGAAGAGAUGAUUGGGUUGAUAGUAAUUAUUCCAGAGAGUGGUCUAGUCGACCUAGACAACGUCCAGACUACAGGGAAUAUCGUGGCGGUGGAGGUGGAGGACGUGACAGAUAUAGUCCAGCCAGAUCACAGGAAAUGGCACCACCUAUGAAAAGAAUGAGGACAGAUUGGGACGAUCGACCCAGAUACGGGCACGAUUAUUAUGGUGGUGGAGGAGGUGGAGCUGCUUCUUGGGGUCCCGACCACUAUCCUCCUCCACAUUAUGGCAAUCAUCACUAUGGGAACCACAGUAACAGUAGCAGUAGUCGAGAGGUAGCUGGCAACUUCAGCAACUCAAAUGUAGAGACUCAGCCGCCAAUGAUGUCGUUUAAAGCGUUUCUUGGUACCCAAGAGGAUACAAUUACCGACGAGGAAGCUAUCAAACGUUACAACGAAUACAAGCUGGAAUUCAGGAGGCAACAGUUGAAUGAAUUUUUCGUCGCUCACAAGGACGAGGAAUGGUUCAAAAUAAAAUACCACCCUGAAGAGUCGGUGAAGAGAAAGGACGAACAAGUGGCAGCUCUCAAGAAACGCGUUGAAGUUUUCUUGGAAAUGCUCGGCGUCGGAGAAAUAGACAAAGUUUCAGUGGACGCAGACCAAGCGGACGCGUUGCUACAUUUGCUGGACGCUGUGGUAAUUAAAUUAGAAGGUGGCACCGAAGAAGAUUUGCAAGUUUUGGACGUGAAACCGGUGAAUCCAAUUGUUUCGAAAGAGACUGCUAAGGAGAAAGAGGACGCGAAAAGUAAAGUCGGGAUUGACAAGAAGAUCGAGAACAGCGAUGCCAGCAAAACGAACGAGGCUUCGCGUACAGAAAAAACUUUUAAGAACGGACAAAGCGUAGAUGCCGAAAUGAAGAGUACGGAAAAGGACGAGACAUUGAUGGUGGAGGUUGAGAAGCCCGAAGAAAAUUUAGAAGAAUCGAAGAAGGACGAUGAUAUGGAUGGAACGGUGGGUAAAGCAGAGGAAGUUAACACCAAAAAGAGGAAACGUACAGAUAGCAACAGUAGCAGCAGCAGCAGUAGUAGCAGCAGUAGUUCGUCCGGUAGCGAUAGUAACAAGCCUGACACGCCAAAAGCCGAAACCCCUGUCGCGGAGAAAGCGGACACCAGCAACGAGAACGUUGACGCGGGAGAGAUAAAAGAAGAGGAGGAAGUUGCCAAAGCCGAUGAGGAGCCAUCGGAAGCUAAAAAGCCUGCGAUCGAGCCAGAGGCUGUCAUUGAUCUGGCGAGCGAAGAUAAAGAAAAAGAACCCAGAGCUUUGCACAAAACCAGCAGCAUUUUUCUCCGCAAUCUGGCGCCCACUAUCACAAAGGCAGAAGUCGAAGCGAUGUGCAAACGUUUCCCUGGAUUUUUGCGAGUUGCCAUAGCGGAUCCUCAACCGGAGAGAAGGUGGUUCAGAAGAGGAUGGGUGUCCUUUGAAAGACAAGUGAACAUAAAGGAGAUAUGCUGGAGCUUGAAUAAUAUUCGCCUUCGGGACUGCGAAUUGGGCGCGAUAGUGAACAGGGAUCUCUCCCGUCGUAUUCGUACCGUAAACGGUUUGACAUCUCACAAACAGAUAGUCAGGCACGAUAUCAAAUUGAGCGCAAAAAUCGUUCACAAUUUGGACAACAGGAUUGGUUUGUGGAAUGAAGAAAAGAAAGGGGAGACCCGGUCUAAGCACGACGGCGACAGCAAAGAGAGUAAAUCCACGCAAAAUGCUCAUGAAGUUGAGCAAGCUGCGUUCGGACUGUCGUCCAAGAAUCCAGUACUGAAGAAUAUCACCGAUUAUUUGAUAGAAGAGGCAUCUGCCGAGGAAGAAGAACUGUUAGGCAUGUCUGGUGAUCAGGAGGAGGGUCAAUUGGGAGGCGACGGGGACGGUCCGAUCGAAAGAGAUCCGACACUUGUCAAGGUGUUGGACAGACUGAUUCUCUAUUUGCGAAUAGUCCAUUCGGUCGAUUACUACAAUCAUUGCGAGUAUCCGAACGAGGACGAGAUGCCUAACAGGUGCGGCAUAAUGCACGUCAGAGGUUCUGCACCGACUGCCAAAUUGUCGAGCACCGAACUGUCGGAGUACUGUCGCAAUUUCGAGAGCAAAAUGUCCGCCUUCUUGCAGCCGGUCGCGACCUUGUCUCAGGAAGAGUUCGACAAACUUGGCGCCAAGAACGCGGAAGCUGAGGUAGAAAAGUUCGUUCAAGCCAACACGCAGGAGCUGUCGAAGGACAAAUGGCUGUGCCCGCUUAGCGGGAAGAAAUUCAAGGGACCUGAUUUCAUUCGGAAGCAUAUUUUCAACAAACAUGCUGAGAAGGUGAUCGAGGUGAAGGCGGAAGCGGAAUAUUUCAAUAACUAUUUGAAGGAUCCGAAGAGGCCACAGCUGCCUGAACACCCAGGGAACAAGGCACCGCCACGGGAGGGAAUUCGGGAGGGAUUCAAUCCGUAUGGAUGCUCCACGUUUGGAAACUACGGAGGAGGUGGUGGUGGUUACGGCAGUAACAGAGGAGGAUACGGAUCCGGUUACGGCGGAGGAUUCGGUGGAGGAUUCGGAAUGCCGCGUCCCAGUCGUGGCGGUUUCAAUAGAGGACGUGGCGGUGGAGGAGACUUCCGACCAGUCAUUCAUUAUCGCGAUCUCGACGCACCGAGAGAGCCGGACGAGUUUCUCUAAAACGCAAGGACACAUGCCUCGAAGCUCUCGAGGAUCCAAGGAGACCGGUUGUUCUCGGAUAAUAAACGGAGCCCGACCACGUUCUCUGCUAAAAGUAACCUCGAGACUUGCGAAAUGUUCGUGAAAUGGUUAAUCAAACUUCAAGAACAUAUUUAGCUCGUCGAAACAGAAUUAUAUCUCGAAAAAGAAAAUCUAAUCCAGACGCAGGUUCAUAUAACCCGUAAUAUUUUUCUUUUCUUUCUUUCAUCCCUAUCCUGUAAAGUGCAAUAUGGCCCCGAGGUUUGGAAUCGUUUAUUUCAGGAACAUCCUGUUGUAUCUGUACAUACUUAGCGCGUCGAACAAUUCUUAUUUGGACGAAGGACUAGCGCGGAGUUCUCUCCUGUAGAACUCCGUACGUUCGUGUACGUUGAAAAACAGUUUUUAUACGGAAGCGGGGCAAUCAACUUGUAUACAGAAAUAUCCGUAGCUGCGUAUACACGAAUCUCUCGAUAGCCAAACUGAUCAAUUUUAUGGGAUGAUUGAAGGAUCGAGAAAUUGGAUAAUGUUGUGAACAUUGAAACGUGUAGUUUUGAAAUAUAUGGAGCGAUCUUGUGUUAAUUAAAUACGUGUGAACGCCCGAUACUUGUUUAUGUUACCGUUUCCCAAUAUACCGGUUUUAUAUUCCGCAGAAUUCAAAUGAGUCACGUGUUUGUAAGAUUCCACGAAAAGCCGUACUACUCUCGAUCGGUCUGGCUUCCGAUAGAGACUCGCCUAAUUCUUAGGUGUGUGUACAAACGCGACGAGGGCUAUCUCUGUCCGUUUCGACGGGUCACAGAUACGCGUAAUACUUUGUGUGUAACUGUAGUAUCUAAAAAUAUAAUGUCUCGUGCAAAAUAGCGCUCGGCACGGUAAACAGAAGUAAAAACAAAUCGGU